ACUGCUGAGUAAAACCUUUAAAAAAAAUAAUAUUUAUUUCGUCAAACCUGAGCAAAAAAAUAAAUACAUUUGCUCCUUAUCACUAGGAUAGUACUCAUAGUACCCAUAGUAAUAAUAUUUAAAAAAAAGUAUAGUAAAGAAACAUGAAAAAACAGCUAUACGGAACUCCGCGGGAGUCAUCGCCAGGAUUCCGCCGGCUAUGUGCAGACAGCACGCAAAAGUCUUUUUUUGGCGGGAACUCGAACUGCUCUCCACUUCCAGGGAGCUUGAAAAAAACUGCCCUGCACAACAGCCGGCAUAGUUUGUCCGGGCGAUCUACCCAAUCGAUACCCGGCAUCCGGUCGGACUACAAUGUUGUGGAGAGCUUUGGUUUUCCCCUGCCCGUCGUAGUGAACGAGGCCUUGACCUUUGUGGGAUCUGCUGCAGGAGCCGUUUCUGCGAAGGUUGCCCAAAAUGGCUGGGCUUGGGUUGUGCACGGCCGCCGACUUUUAAUUUGGCAGUACAAAGAGACGUCCAAGGGUGCCAAGCAACCUAGACGGGGAGGUGGCUUGUCUCAAUGCCGCGAACUACAACUGCCCUACUCCGAUUUAGGGUACAACAGUGAGUUGAUUAGUGUAUUCCAGACAGACGGCCAGCAAAUGGCAUCCUGCAUAGCAGUUUCUGCAACGGGAGAUGUGCGCUAUUGGCCAUCUAUCGCCCACGACGGGAAUAACGUGAAUCUACCGAUCCUAACCGGUCAGGACUUCGUUCAGAUCAUAAAUCUACCAUUGCAACAGGGCUACCUUGCUGUGACCUCAACUUGCACAUUGGUAUUUCUCAGCGUAGGCCUCACCAACGGCCGAUACUCGUUGCACCACAAGACCAUAAAACCGGCCACCAGUUUGCUUGGUGGCUUUGGUAAGAAAUUUUCGUCCAUGCUUAUUGGAAUGAACACGGGCAGCGACAAGGAUCCGCUCUUGGUUGGCAUGUGCUGCGAGAGAAAUUCUCCUGAAGGUGAAACCGUGGUGGCUGUGCUCUCGGAUCGUUCGAUCCAGCGCUGGAGUUUGUCAAACAAAGGGAAUACAGAACAUUUACUCCACGAGGAUGAAGAGGUGGUGCGUCGGAUUCGCGAAGAGUUUAAGCAAAAGUUCUGGAAUCUCCGUACUCCCGCGGACAAUGUGGAAAUCGAGUUGAAUCUGCUGGACUUUAAUAUCGUAGAUGACAAGGCUUACAUAUUGGCUGGAGCUGUUAACGCUGCUCACGCUCCACAGAUGUGCUAUGCCGUUGCUGUGGCCAGUGUCCAACCGAACAGCAUACUUUUGGAGUCAAUCACACCCCUUAAGUUAAAUAAAUUCUACAACGCCAAGACCAAAGAGGAUUGCGUCAGCCUUCGCUUCAUAAUAGGGAGCAGCCACAUCUACCUCUACACCCCAAAGGUGGUGUAUCCGUUGCUAUUGGCAAACGCCGUACCCACAGCCGAACUUGAGGCGGAGAAGAUUGAAUUUCAUUUGCACGACGAUCGAAUCCUAUGUGCUGCCGUCUGCAGUCGACUGCCGCUGUUCUUUAGCCGCACACACGGACUGGUUUCAAUCACACCCGGCGACUUUGAUGCCAACGAGCUGCAUAAUAUGAGCACCUGCAAUACACCAGAUCUGUUUGCACCAGCUAUGCUCGGUAGUUUCAGUGCACCCGAUCAGUCUACACUGACCGCAGUAACUGGCAGCAGCAACAAUCUGCACAUGUUCGAACUGGAUCCGGAUGAGCUAUACAGCGAUCUAAGUGACGAAGUGGGCCAGUUAAAGGCUGCCUUCGUGUACCACCUGAAGCGUAAUAACAACAUGGUGAAGACAAUUAUCGGGGAGCUUCUGCGCACUGUCAAUGAGCCCGAUCAAUAUGGUGCACCCUUGGAUGCCUACAAGUUGGAUAGAAUUGUCAUCACAAUAGCGGAGGACUUGGCCGAGGAUCUUCCAAUCGCCGAUCCACGCUGGGAAGAGGCUCUGGGCGAUCACGAUGGCAAUCGUCAUGCGUUAGGGAGCUCACGCUCUAUGCAAAUCAUCAAUCAGCUACGGGACAAAACCCUUGCCUUCGAUCACUUUGUCUCAUUUCUUCAUGCCAGCGGCGUUUGGGAGAAGCUCAAUGCCAUACCCUGUGGUAGUAAUGUGCUGAAGCCGACCAGUUUUAUAUUGUCCGAUAUUAGCGAGAAAAUAGUGGCUGCCAUGGCACUCCGUUCCUUGCAGGCCAAACAACCAAAAAUCAUCGAGCAUGCCAUCGAUGCCACUGUCGCCAUGUGGGAUGAGAAGCCCAAUGGCAACCUAACCACCCAGGACAUAUUCUAUGUGAAACUGUGCAAAUUCCAGUUUGUAUUCGAGGCCCUAGCCGAAAUGGCUGACAAUCAGAUUUCAGCUCAGAGAGAUACCACAGUAAUGGUGGCCCAAUUUCUCAACGAUACCAAUUCCAUCGUCCUGGAUACACUGGGCCAGGUGUUUAUGCAUCGUGAGCAACAGGCGAACAACUUCACACCGCACAAUGACAGACUGGCCGCCUGCGAAAACCUUCCCUGGACGGCCAUGUCGGGAAGUGCUGGAGUUCGAGACACUCUCAACCGACUUAUAGACCUCAGCCUGCGCUAUGGUUCCCAGUGCAUCAGUGAGACGGAGCUAAGCCAGAAGUUGUACCAGCAAAUAUACGAGCUAGUCGAUUUGGUGCUUGAGGGGCGCAAGAACUACUUGGAUAGUGUUCGAGGAUCGGAGAAGGCUAAUCUGUUGCAGCAGCAGUUUGAGGCACAGCGCAGGGAACUCAUCUCAGUCCUAAUCAAGGAUCUUAAGUACGAGUAUGCCGCUAAGUUGGCUGAAAAGUAUCUGGACUUUCAUAGUCUAGUGCUAAUAUGCGACUUGACCAAUGACAAAGAACGUUUGGAUGAUUACAUGCGCAAAUACGAGGAGUUUAACUUCUCGCAGUUUGCCAUCAGCUGGCAUCUGCGGCAGAAGCGGCAUGGCGAGGUAUUCGAGCGCUUCAAGGACAACCCGAUAGCGCUGGCACAGUUCAUGCGUGACCAUUCAUCGCUGGUCUGGAUUCAGCUGAUAUUCAACGGCGACUACGAGCGGGCGGCAAAGGGGCUGUACGACCUGGCGCAAAACGAGAAGGAGAUUGUGGCGCGCAAGAAGUCAAUGUUGUCUCUGGCCAAGCUGGCUGCUUUUGCGGCGCCCGACACCGACCUGACGUCGCAGAUGGAGAAGAUUAAUGCUGAUCUAAAGCUCAUCGAGUAUCAGCUGCAGUUGAGCCAUGACGUACUUGAAAACUUUGGCCUCGACCCAGUAGAACAGAAAGUGCUCAAAGCUGAAGAUAUUAUCGAUCUAUACAUCGCCGAUAAAAACGAUAAUGCCACCGAAGUGGAGUUUGGCAAGGCCUUGGAACUGCUGAGCUUUGUGGAGCAGCCCUACGAUCUGCGCCACAAGAUCUGGUGUGCGGCCAUACGCCGCGACAACUGGGUCGACUAUGACCACAAUAAUUCCGUGGAAUACAUGCAGAAGCUGCUAUUCUACAAAAUCAUUGAAAUCUCGGAGCUGAUGGGCAAGGAAGGCGACAAUGUUCUGCCGCCCAUGGAGGAGUUCCUGGAGAGCACAGAACUAGAUGACCUGCCGCAGAACAAGUCGUUCCAGUAUCUCUUGAAACUGACCUACGAGUAUGUGGCCGAUAUGUUCAAACAGCCACCAGACAUGGAAGUCUAAUUAUGCUUUGCAUAUACAUACAAUCAUUUACAUUUAUUAAAGUUUAAACCAAAAGCUGGAGAUGA